ACAGAGCUCAUGGCUGUCCCUGGCUAAGACGCACGCAGACUCAUAGUGUAAAAACAAACCAAGUGAACUACCAGCACCGUCUUCUUAUCUGUCAUGGGAAUUUAAUCACCAGUUAAGACCGUACUGGUUAAUACGCUUUGUAAAGACAGUUCCUUAAGAGAGCCAGAAUGAAGAUUGUGGAAACUAUUUCAGUCGUCAAAAUCCUCUCUCUGCUGGCUCUGGUCACCUCAAGUUACGGGACACAAAGAGCACCUCGGAUCAUCACCUUGUUAGAGACAAUGGAUGUUCUUCUGGAUCACAAUGCCACCUUCAUCUGUGAGGUAGAGUCCCGUCCUCCUGCUGAAAUCACUUGGACAAAAAAUAAUCACCAGAUAAUGUACUACGACCCCCGGUACACUACCAGAGAACAGGGACAGAUGCUAAUCAUCCCUCGUGUUAGAGAAUUAGACAACGGAGAAUAUUGUUGCAUCGCCAGUAAUGGCAUUGGAGAACCAGCCAAGAGCUGUGGAGCGCUGCAGCUGAAGAUGAAGCCACAGAUUAAACGCCAUCCUACCAAUGUAACCCUUCUGGUAGACUCCAAAGCAGUGUUGCCCUGUGUCACCCUUGGUAACCCCAAACCUGAUGUGACCUGGCUCAAAGAUGAUGAACUUAUCAAGAUUAGUGACCGUGUUACCAUUCUUGACUAUGGCGCACUGAAGAUCCAUAACAUACAGAAGGAGGAUGCUGGGCAGUAUCGCUGUGUGGCCAGGAAUAGCUUCGGUUUGGCCUUUUCAAAGCCUGUGACCAUAGAGGUACAGGCCCCAGCACGAAUCCUGCGUGUUCCAAAGGAGAAGAGGGUUGCAUAUGGCAGCCAGAUUUCCCUUGAGUGUAAUGCCACAGGAAAUCCAAUCCCCACCAUCACCUGGCUGGAAAAUGGGAAUACUAUCUCAGGUGCAUCAGUGGAAGAGACUCUUUCAGGAGAGAUAAUCCUGUCCGUUCUUAAAGUGACAGUGAACAAGCCGGCGCUGUAUACUUGCCUUGCCUCCAACAGACAUAGUGCUGGAGCUAACACCGUCAAAGCAACUGCAAGAGUCACUGUGGCAGAGUGGAGACUCUACAAGGGCGUUGCAGGCUACUGCAGUGCGUAUCGUGGGGAUGUCUGUCGUAAUAUCCUGCAAGACGAUUUGCUGGUGUUUUUUAACUCCUCACUUUCGGACCCCGAGGACUUGCAGGAGUACCUGGUUCAGAGCUUGUGGACGGAGCUGGAGGGGCUCAGUAUGCUGUGUAGCCCUGCAGUCCGUUCACUGCUCUGCCACUCCUCUUUCCCUGACUGCAACCCUUCAGGGUUAGGACCGGCCCCUAAACCUGUCUGCAGAGAGCACUGCCUGGCAGUGAAGGAGCUUUACUGCUAUAAAGAGUGGUUACUAUUGGACAGCAGCCGGUCACUGCAGCCUGCUCUCUUCAGCUCUGUCACUGGCUCCCAAACUUCACUGCUGCCCAACUGUCAGGCCUUACCAAGUCUUCACACGGACCCCGAUGCCUGUACACAUGUCCCUUUUGUAGACAUCAAGAGGGAUCAAAUUACAACAACAUGUUACAAUGACAGAGGACGUUUCUACCAAGGACUUGUGAAUGUCACCAGGUCGGGGACACCAUGUCAGUCAUGGAGCCAGCAGGUUCCCCACCAGCACCGCCUAUCUGUGGAUGUGAUCCCAGAAUUGAAGAAAUCAGACAACUACUGUAGAAACCCUGGAGGAAUCAACAACAAGCCCUGGUGUUUCACCUCAAAUCCCAACAUACGCUGGGAGUACUGCGCUGUGCCCAAGUGUGGGGAGACAAGCAUGGCACCAGUGAUGAAGUCGGAGUCACCAGGUACUCGCCAGACUUCGCGCCUCCCUCCCAUGGCAUCCUCCCCAGCCUACUCCAUGUCUGUCAUCGUCAUCAUCCUGACUUCACUCGCAGCUGCAGUCUUCCUCGCCAUCGCCAUCCUCGCCUGCCGUAGGCGGAGGAAGCAGUGGAGGAACAGGAAGAGAGCAAUGGAGACCCCAACCAUGAGCGCUCUUCCAUCAGAGCUCCUGCUGGAUCGACUCCAUCCCAAUCCAAUGUACCAGCGGGUUCCCCUCCUGCUAAACUCAAAGCUACUGGCCCUCGAGUAUCCAAGGAAUAAUAUCCAAUAUGUUAGAGACAUUGGAGAGGGAGCCUUUGGACGAGUUUUUCAAGCAAGAGCACCUGGCCUGCUGCCAAUGGAGUCUUUCACCAUGGUGGCUGUGAAGAUGCUGAAGGAAGAAGCCUCCGCUGACAUGCAGAAUGACUUCCAGAGAGAGGCAGCACUAAUGGCUGAAUUUGACCAUCCAAACAUCGUACGACUCUUAGGCGUUUGUGCAGUGGGUAAACCCAUGUGUCUGAUGUUUGAAUACAUGGCUCACGGUGACCUCAAUGAGUUCCUGCGCCGCAGAUCUCCAACGCAAUCCGUGCGCACCCUCAGUCGUGCCAGCCUGUCGGGUCGUAGUUUCUCCCUGGAGCUGGAGGCAGUGUCUCUCUCCUGUGCAGAGCAGUUGUCCAUUUCGAAGCAGAUCGCUGCAGGAAUGGCCUACCUAUCAGAGCGCAAGUUUGUCCAUCGUGACCUCGCGACUAGGAAUUGCCUGGUUGGCGAGGACAUGGAGGUGAAGAUCGCAGACUUUGGCCUCUCCAGGAACAUCUACUCAGCAGAUUACUACAAAGCCAACGAGAACGACGCCAUCCCUAUUCGCUGGAUGCCCCCAGAGUCUAUUUUCUACAACCGCUACACAACUGAAUCAGACGUGUGGGCAUAUGGGGUGGUGUUGUGGGAGAUUAUCUCCCAUGGCAUGCAGCCAUACUACGGAAUGGGCCAUGAGGAGGUGAUUUAUUAUGUGCGUGAUGGCCACAUCCUCUCCUGUCCUGAGAAUUGUCCUAUGGAACUGUACAACCUGAUGAGGCUCUGUUGGAGCACACACCCUUCAGACAGGCCCAGCUUCAGUAGUAUACAUCGGAUACUGGAACGUAUGCAUCAAAACACAUUAAGUGUCAAUUCUGAAACUGAGGCUGACUGCUAAAGUGGGAACUCUUUUGAGAAAAUUCCAUGUGCAAAAACACAUUGUCAUUUGUGGUCUUUGGUGCCUUAAAGAGGACAUAUGAUCCCCCUUUUCUACCGUUUCAAACAGUCUCCUGUCGUCUAAAUGAAACAUCUGUGCUG